AUGAAGAAGGUUCUUAGUCCAUCAUCUCUUCAACUCAAUUUGAAAAUUGCUUCGGGAGCUAUUGCUUCAUCAUCAAAACAUGCAACACAAAUUGUAAAAUAUCUUGCUCAACAACAGCUGGCAUCUGUUAAUUCUUCCUAUCAUCAAUCUAGUCGAGUUUCAACAAGCAAAAAAAAGGAUAACGAUGAUGAUGAAUUUAAAAAGAACAUGAACAACAUAUUUGGAGCAUUGGGAGGCUCGGAACAAGUGAAAGGACAUUUGAAUGAUAUAUUCAAUGCUUUUUUAAAACCUGGAGCAAAUAUUCAUACUUCAGGUGCUUCGAAUUCUUCAUCUUCAUCAUCUAAAAAGAGUGAACAACAAACAACGGAAAAUGAUGAAGCAAACAAGCCAAAGAAUACCUUCAUUCAAGAUGAAGAACGAUUAAACGAGAAUUUCCACAAGAUUGUCUUUGAAGCCUAUCACAUGCAACGUAAACAAUUUGAAAACAAAUUGACACCACAAGAAAUUGUGAAUUGUCUUGAUAAACAUAUUGUUGGACAAAAGGAUGCAAAGAAGGCUGUCAGUGUAGCCCUUCGUAAUAGAUAUAGAAGAAAGAUUUUGAUUGAUUGGGCAAAGAGUGAAAAAACUUUACUUGAUCCUUCUGAGAUAAUUCCAAAGAAUAUUUUAAUGAUUGGAUCAACAGGUUGUGGUAAAACUGAAAUUGCAAGAAGAUUGGCAAAAUUAGUUUCUGCUCCAUUCUUGAAGGUGGAAGCAACUAAAUAUACAGAACUUGGAUAUCAUGGAAGAGAUGUGGAUACUAUUGCUAGAGACUUGGUGGAUGUUUCUAUCAAUGUUUUGAGAAAUAAUAUUACUGAUCUUUUCAAACAAUUUUUAAAUAGACCACCAUCAUCAACACCAUCCGAACAAGAAGAAGGAACUUUGGAAGAACCAGACUUGUUUGGAUCCUAUCUUCAACAAUUAAUAGAGUAUAGAAUCAUUCACUUGAUGAUUGGAACAAAAAAUAUAGCAAAUUUGAGAAAUGGUACCAUUAAGGAUUAUUUGAACAUGUUAAGAAAUGGAGAAUUGGACGAUAGAAAAAUUGAAGUGAGCAUGCCUGAAAAGAAAUCAUCAUUAGGAUUAUCUCAAUUCAGUGACGUGUUUGAUGCUGUCAAGGGUUCAUUUGGAUCAUCUCUUGAUAAUUCCAAAUUUUCAAUGCCAGAUGUUGCCAACUUGUCAGAUCAUCAAACACCACUUGACUCAAUGUUAGGUCAAUUAAAUCCACAAAAAUAUAAAAAGGUUGAAAUGACAAUUAAGGAAGCCAAAGUGAGAUUAGUAGAGUUGGAAAUGGAUAAAUUUUUGAAUAGCCCAUUAUUCAUUGAAGAGGCAAGAAAGAUUGCUGAAAGUGAUGGAAUUGUCUUUAUUGAUGAAAUUGACAAGAUUUGUGGAAGUCCUGAAAAGAAGGCCGUUCAAGGAGAUGCCUCAGGAGAGGGAGUGCAAAGGGAUUUAUUACCACUGUUAGAGGGUUGCACAAUUAAUACUAAAUAUGGUCCAGUCAAGACGGAUCAUGUUUUGUUUAUUGCUAGUGGUGCUUUCCAUCAACAAAAGCCAUCUGAUUUAAUGUCUGAAUUCCAAGGUAGAUUGCCAGUAAGAAUCAUGUUAACUGCACUUAAUACGCCUGAAGAGCUCUAUCAAGUAUUAACAAUGCCAGAAUUCAACCUUGUGAGACAAAAUAUUUCCCUUAUGAAUAGUGAGGGUAUUUCUUUGGUCUUUAGUGACGCAGCUAAUAGAGAAAUUGCCAAUUUCAGUGCCUUGUGUAAUGCAGGAAAUGAUAAUCUUGGUGCAAGAAGAUUAAUUGGAAUUAUUGAAAAGGUAAUUGAUGAAAUCCGAAGAUGUGCAAAAGAAACUGGAAAAGAGCUCACAAUUUAA